CAUUGACCUACAAUGAUGUACAUGUGAACUUUACUCGAGAAGAGUGGGAGUUGCUGGAUUCUUCCCAGAAGAACCUUUACAAAGAUGUGAUGCUGGAGAUUUACAAGAACCUCACUGCUAUAGGCUACAAUUGGGAAGAUCAUAAUACUGAACAGAAUUGUCAAAGUUCUAAAAAUCAUGGAAGGUACGAAAACAGUCAUACUGGAAAGAAAACCUAUGAAUAUACUGUAUGGGAUAAAGCCUUUGUAUAUCAUGGUCGUCCUCAAAGGCAUAAAAGAACCCAUACUGGAAAGAAACAUUAUAAAUGUAACCAAUGUGGUAAUACCUUUGCAUGCAACAGUCAUCUCCUCAGACAUAAAAGAGCACACACUGGAGAGAAACCUUUUGAAUGUAACCUAUGUGGUAAAGCCUUUGCAUAUAACAGUCAUCUCCUAAUACAUAAAAGAACACACACUGGAGAGAAACCUUAUGAAUGUAACCAAUGUGGUAAAGCCUUUGCACGAAACAGUCAUCUGGUAGUACAUAAAAGAACACACACUAGAGAGAAACCUUAUGAAUGUAAACAGUGUGGUAAAGCCUUUUCAUAUAACAGUGUUCUCCUAAGACAUAAAAGAACACAUGAUGGAGAAAAACCUUAUGAAUGUAACCAAUGCGGUAAAGCUUUUGCAUCUAACAGUGAUCUCCUAAAACAUAAAAGAACACAUAUUAAAGAGAAUUCUUAUGAAUGUAAGCAAUGUGGUAAAGCCUUUGCAUAUAAUAGUCAUAUGCUAAUACAUAAAAGAAUACACACUGGAGAGAAACCUUAUGAAUGUAACCAAUGCGGUAAAGCUUUUGCACGAAAAGGUCAUCUUGUAGUACAUAAAAGAACACACACUGGAGAGAAGCCUUAUGAAUGUAACCAAUGUGGCAAAGCCUUUGCAUAUAACAGUGUUCUCCUAAGACAUAAAAGAACACAUACUGAAGAGAAAUCUUAUGCAUUCAACCAGUGUGUUAAAGCCUUUGCAUGACAGAAUAGUCUUCAAACACAUGAAAGAACACACACUGGAGAGAAACCUAAUGAAUAUACACAAUAUGGUAAAUCCUAUGCAUUUCACAAUAGUCUCCAAAAACAAAGAAGAACACACUGGAGAGAGACCAUAUGAAUGUAACUAAUGUGGUAAUGUCUUACCCAAUACAAUCCUCUAAUACACAAAAUAACUCAUUUGAGUAAACCUGUGAAUGUAACCCAUGUGGCAAAACCUUUGCAUACCAUAAUAAUCUACAAAUACACAAUGGAGUGAAACUCUAUGAAUGUAACCAUUGUGGGAAAGACUUUGUGCUCAACAGUCAUCUAAUACGUUAAAGAAGACAUACUGGAGAGAAGCGCUAUGAAUGUAACCAGUUUGAUGAAAUUUUUGCACUUCAGAAUCAUCUUCAAACUCAUGAAAUAAAUCAUACUGGACAGAA